AUGGAGAAAUUCGACCUCAAAACUGCGGUCCACCUCUUACCUGUAAUGACGGGAGAGGAAGAUAUUACAAAAAAGCUAAUUGAUUCUAUCGAAUUAUACAAAUCAAUGUUAGAUCAGGACAGUAUUUCUAAGUUAGUUAAUUUCGUACUUAAAACACGGUUAUCCGAAAGUGCUAAAUUGCGAAUGGCACAAUCAUACACAAAUUGCGAAUCGCUUAUUUCAGACCUUAAAAAUAAUUUCCUGACCAAAAAGUCAAGCACAGCUAUACACAGUAAUUUGAUGGAAGCAAAGCAGCAUUCACUUUCUAUUGAUGAAUUUGGUACAAAAAUUGAGCAAUUAUUUGUCGAUUUAACGGUUUCUCAAGCUGACGGUGAUCAAAAUGCGUAUAAGGUACUGAAAACCGUCAACGAAAAGUUGGCAAUAAAAAGGUUCACCGAUGGGUUGCGGAACCCAAACUUAGGGCUCAUACUCUCAGCUAGGAACCUUCCAACAUUAAACGACGCAAUUCAGGCCGCAAAGGACGAGGAGAUAUCGUCCACAAGAGGUAUCGACGAGCCUUCAAUCUUCGUCAAUCAAAGAGGUUUUCCAGGUCAAUCGUACCACCCACGCGCAGGCCGUGGUUUUUACAGCCCGCGUAGGGGAAUGACCAGCAAUAUGGACAUGCGGUAUUCGUACGACAAGAACCGGGCCUUGCGAGGUACGUACGCUCAGAAUAAUAUUGGUCGCGGGUUAAGUAAUCCGAGCCGAGGAUUCUAUAGAGGCAGAUCCGGUUACUCAUUUAACCGGGGGUAUAGUAGGCAGCCAAACAUAUAUGUAGCAGAGGAGCAGGAAACCCAACCUUCGACAUCUAAUAAUGACAAUCGGGAAACUCAAAAUACAUCUGAAAACCCGAGUUACGAUUUUUUUCGUCCCUAAAUCG